AUGGCAGGUGAACUCAGUAACAAUCAAUUGCAAGCAGCAGGUGAACUUGAAAUCGAAAUGAUGCAAGAUCUCUACAAAAGAAUGACUACAGCUUGCCAUAAGAAAUGUGUUAUUCCACGAUAUAAAGACUCCGAAUUAUCAAAAGGUGAAUCCGUGUGUAUCGAUCGAUGCGUAGCGAAAUACAUGGAAGUUCAUGAUAGAAUUGGUAAACAAUUGACAUCAAUGACUUUACAACAACAACCGUCCUUACAAGCUCAACAAACAGUUGAUCCAUCACGUGCUGUUGGAUCAUAUCAAUAG